AUGGCGCUGUGCACCUCGGCCCGAGAGACUCGCGCUGCGACGCUCGUGGAGUGGCUGCGGCGGCUGCAACGUGACCACGAGUGCGACGUCACCUUCCGCUCCAAAGACUCGAUCACGAUCCACCUGCUGGGCGCCGACCACCGCGAGGGCAACACUGGACCGCAGACGUUCGAGGUCUUCCGGGGUUUCGCGCAGUUCGUGGCCUCGGAGACGCACCUGACGGCCGUCAAGCUGGUGCUGGUGGGGCCCAACUUGUCCCGUCGGAUGCACCUCACCCAGUACUCGCAGACCUACUUCGUCGGCGGCUUCGAGGCCUACUUCGAGGAUAAGGCGCUGUACUGUGAGCCGGACCUCGUGGUGUGCUUCAACGCCGGGAUCUGGGGCUACGACGAGUGGCUGCCGGCUAUCCGCCUCGUGCUGCAAGAGGUGCGCGUGCCGCUGCUGGUCACGUCGUACAACGAGCACGAAGCUGGAGACGACGAGGACGUGCUGGACGAGCUGAUGCCGUCCAAGUGGCUCUGGCGAGCGGAGAAGAACCCGCGAGGGGCGAAUACACCGCGCGCCACCAACAACGAGGACGGGUCCAUUCUCAAGGAGAACGACUACUGGAUGUGUCUGAGCGGCAGGCCACAGUGA